AUGGUCAGUCGGUCGAGCACGGACGACGAGGCCGGAUUCCUUGGGAAGCGGCCGGAAACCGGGCUCGCCGUUCGCAAGCGCCUCGCCGACGAGGGCUUGGAAGGCAACAGCUGACUCUGCUUCUCGUUCCAUACCGUAAUUUGCAUCAUCAGUUUCCGGACUUGCUCGUCAUCCGUAUCGCACUGCGGAUCCUGUUCCUCGUCCUCGAUUCGAUCGCACCUUUCUCGCUCACGUGGACCGUCGCCUCAAUCUGGUUAUGGCCCGUACAUCCUCUCGUGGUACUAUGGCCGGUAGACCAUCUCGACCUCCUACUAUGCCACGACUUUUACCUGCACAACAUCGUCACAGGAUGGUGCUUCAUCGAGUCGAUCUGGUGGUUCUUCCACACGAUCGGGAGGCACCUUGUCGCUCGUGGUUACUGGGAUCUUCGCGAGGCCAAGCAGCCCCUCGUGGCCGAGGAACGUUGGAGGUUGUGGGUCAAGAUGCUCGAAUCAUUCCCAGAUCCGUGGGAAUGGCUUGGAGGUGCUUUCCUGGCCGCCGGGGCUCGGUCGGCUCCGCUUGGAAUGGAAGACCCGGCCGUCACCCGUGUUCGCAUUCAGGACGUUGGUCGGUCCAAUAUCGAGCAGUUCGUGGCCCAUUUCAUGUUCAACCAGAAACUACGACUGGUGAAGCCUGGCUCGAUUGAGCGGCUAGAAAUUGACGCCAUGAUCAAGUUGCUCGAGAUCGCGCUCGGUCGAACUCGAGGAGGCGAGUUCAAAUUCCUCAAAGGUCGAUCGCCACACAGAGUCUUCCUCGUCAACGACCAACCGAUCCUCACGUCGCACCAUCCGGCCAUCUUCUACGUCACGAUUUGGUUCGCGUCCGAAAUGGGCAACAUCGCUCUCUGGCUUGGUGGAUUCAAGUACUACGGUCCGAAGAGAUCCUGGCCCUUCCCCUUCUUCUUCAUGAGGGGAUCUCGCCCGCAGCUCGACGCAUUGCAUGACCCAUCCGAGCUCGAAGCCAUGGGUCGAUCGACAAAUUCCGAGCUGGCGAACCGAGUCGGCUACUGGUUCCAUCCCGGAUCUCAGCAGGCUCAACAAGAGGGUCUGACGCCGAUCCUUUUCUUCCACGGCAUCUCGGGCACGUACGGUCCAACACCUUUCAUUCUGUACCUGCAGUACUGCACGGGGAGACCUGUGAUCUUGCCCGAAUUUCCUUAUGUCACUAUGCGCCUCUCACCCCCUUCGGCGAUCCGUACCCGAGUCGAGACCGUGGCGAUGGCUCGACGAGCACUUUGGCGCCACGGCUUUGGUUUGGCGAACGACACGAGCGAUUCGGUCGACCCGACCAGCGGCGACGAAGACGACGAUGAAGACUGGCGACGAGCACGCUGCGUCGUGGUUGGUCAUUCCCUGGGUGGUGGAACCUCAGGCUGGAUCCUCCGCGAUGCGCCAGACAUUGUCGCAGGGAUGGUCCUGCUGGACCCCAUGUCGAUCGUGCUCUUCGCCGCCGACGGCCCUCGCAACUUCUUCCGCACUAGGGUCCGAACCGCGGGUCAGAUCUUUUUCAAAUACUUUGCGUUGGAGAGGGGGAUCAAUCACUUUCUGUCGAGGCAUCUGCGGUGGACGGAUUCGGUCAUCUUUGGACCCAAUCCGAACAGCGCCUUGCCUGAGGAGGCGAAACGGGCCAUCGUACCCAGAAUGGCGAGGACUGAGAUCCAGGUUCCCUUUGACCGACCCAAUUAUGCACAAUGGAUUAGUGCGUGCCCCAAUGGACCCAUUGUGAGUGUGUUUCAAUUCCGCCGGAGUCUUAGACAAAUCCUAAUUCGCCCUCGGUGUUCAAUUCGUCUGCUCUUCCCUUUUUCAGCCCAGCCAAGUGUUCCUCUCCGAAGGGGACUGCAUCCUUAACGUACCCGGCAAGCUUGUCCCUUACCUCCGAGGGUCCGGAUUCGAAGAAGGGAAGAACCUCUUCGUUAUGCCCGGUGAACACGCGGCGGUGUUGAUCUCGCCUUUUUGGUGUCGCAAGAUCGCACGGGCCGUGAAGGAGGUGGCGGAUGCCGGGGAGAAGGUGUUGUAUGAGUUGCUGGAAGAGGAGGAGAAAGAGAUCGCGAUGAUUGGGAAUGGAAGUGGGAGCGGGAACGGAAAUGGGAAUGGGACGAGUUCGAGUGGUUUGGGUCGGGAAAAGACGGAUGAGGAGAAACGACAGGUCGAGGAGGCGCAGUGA